UCCAGGUCUGAAGCUGAACUACAUGGACGAGAACCGCAAGCUGCGUCUAAAGAAGUACGACUACGAUAGUUACCUGAGUAGGCUGCGGCACCCCCUGCUUCAGCAGCAGCAGGAUGAAUACGCCGAACUGACGGAGCGCGAAAUGGCAGAAUUGGAGGCCAUACCGAGACGUAUCCAGCAACUGAGGCAGAUCAUCGACUGGGAGAAGGCACAGUUGAAUGAUUUUGAGGGCGCUGGGCCGAUGUAUUCGUUCGACCUUGAAAGAGGGGCGUACAGAGAGGUCGGGCCAAACGGUCUCGGGGAGCAGUUGCCCGUUUUGGAUGAAGCCAGGAUGUAUCCGCAGGAGGACGAAUUCCGGUUCGAAGAAGCCGGUCCCUAUGAAGACGAUUUUCAAGAGAGCUCAGAUCGGUACGGCGAGUCGUCCGAACGCCGACAGAGCUCUCACCAUCACAUGGAGCAAGACGCGGUUCUGACGGAAGAGGAGACUGUCCCUUCAGGGAGGUUGAGGGAGGCCAAACUGGUGGAGGACCCCACAGAAUUCGCGUACGCUCCUCCCAAUCCGUUGUUCUAUAAAAAGGUAGAUGCGCCGACCACAGAAGAUAAGGCGGCAGAUGUGAACAAAAUAAAGACAGUCGCAGCCAGUGAAAUUCCUCCGCAACUGAAAGUGAUACAAAGGAGCGGACUGAAGCUUCCAGAAGAAAAUGACGUCAGUCAGUUCCGAAGUAACCAGGGGGACUUUGAAACGUGGAUGGAGAAUCAUGAAGUGGUGGCUGUGAAACCAGAAAUCUCAGAAGUGGAUUCAGCAGGUGUUUACAUUAUAGCAGUGGUUGCUGGAAUCAGUGCUGCUGCAACUGUUGGUCUGAUUGCAGUUGGCAUUGGCUGGUACAAUUUGCAGAAACAUGCGAAGAAUGGUUGCGAUGGUGACUAUCCGGCGUAUGGCGUAACAGGACCUAACAAGGACCUUUCUCCAACAGGAGAACGGAGGCUGGCUCAAUCAGCUCAAAUGUACCAUUACCAACAUCAGAAGCAGCAGAUUAUUUCUAUGGAGAGUUGUACGAUUUCCAGGGUCCAACCUGGAGACAGGAACGGAUCAAUUUCGGAAGCUGAGAGUGAUGAAGAAAAUGAAGAAGGAGAUUAUACUGUAUACGAGUGUCCUGGCCUAGCACCGACUGGCGAAAUGGAGGUUAAGAACCCACUUUUCCAAGAUGACCCGACGCCAGCACAAACUCCAGCCUCGAAGCCUAAUGAAGGAGAAGAGAAGAAAUGAAGAAAUGAAUGAGAGGAAGAAAGAUCAUUCCAAAAUAAUACAUCGCAGUCUCAUUUUAAAAUGUGUGCCCUAAUUCCACUAGUGUACAUUUGUUCAAUUAAGAUGAGAUGUUUGUGCUUUCUUGGGAUACAGAAUAUUAACAUAAGAGGGGAAAAACCUACAUCUCUAUUCAUAUUUUAAUUUUCCCCGUCUGCUAGCGAGGAAGUAUUCUAAUCGCGAAAAACUUCAAAAGUGCGACAUUACGUUUUUUGGAAGUCAUAUGAUACUUACAUCGCGAAAAACUGUCAUUCAUUUCCGCCGUCAUGUCUAUCGAUCUGCCUAUCUGACCUUCAAUAAAUGCUUACCAUAAUUACAUUUUCAAAUGCUAUUCAGUACCACAAUGGCAAAAUUCCCUUAGUAGAUGGGACUUUGGGUAUGCUUCUAUCAACUUUAUACGUCUGAUAGAGAUUAUUUUACCCUGCUUCCGCGUGUUGUUCCUCCUAGACCGUGCUGAUGAUUGCCAAUGUGCAUAAGGCAGCACCGGCAGAAUGACCCUAAACUGGUAUUAUCAGUUGGAAUUAUCAUGUGUGUAUGCACUACACUUGGGUAAUAUCAUUUGACUUUUGAACAUGGUCAGUUUUUUCUGUCGAUGUCUAACUCUUACUGCCCUCAGAUAUCAAUUAAAAGGUCGUAUUAUAAAGUAUUGUUUAAAUCUAAAAGGCCUAGAUAAUAAAAUAUUAUCACGAUAGAUACAAUAGGUAGAUAAAGUGAAACAUGUUCUAUAGGCUCAAUAAAGAAUAUAGGGAUCCGAAAAGGCUGAGUUAAAUUUACUCUAUUAUAUCAGCAUGUUAAUCAGGCAUAAACUUGACUCAGCGAACUUUUCCUAGGAAUCUCUAUUCUCGAUUCCACGUAACUUUGAAAUGAGACUGCGUAAUAUUCCCCAAAAAAAUAUCAACAUCCUUUGUCUUUUUUGUGAUUCUAAUAGAGGUCUCUAUUGAGUUGAUAAAUAUUUCUAGAGUGAUAUAUUUAUUUUAUGAGAAAUCAAUGUAUAGAAUAUAUAGAGAGAACAUUUAUUAUUAGGAAGAUAAUGGAAUAUAAAUCUAUACGUCAUACGUCUACCAAAUACAACGUAUAUAGCUCAUUGUACAAAUGAAAAAUAAAACCCUUGGGUCCAUAAAAAAUAUCAAAAUCUGCUUGUUGUCUAAUUUGUAUGGCUAUUUGCAACUUCCAGAUAUAGAAGUUUCAACAACAUUCUGCAUCAUAGAACGAUGAUUUCGGUGCUAUUUUUAUUUGUAUCAGAGAGUUGCAAAAAUAUUUUAUCUCCUAAAUGUACACCGCCAAAUAUUGCUUAAUGAAAAAAAAGCGAAGCAAAAAAUGUGUUUCAUUUCGUCAACAUUUUUGACACUGUAAUAUUUUAAAAUACCUGAGCUAUAACGAAAG